UGAAUAAUAUAUAUCCGCAAAUACCUACUUACGUCCAUAUAGUCAGUAGUAGUUUGAGCAGGGAGUCAACAUGUUGUGUAAGAUUGGGAUAUUAGCAUUACUGGCACUAUUCUGCUUAGCUGAAAGUGCUGGAAUUCGCCAACGUCGAGACAGCAGCGCUGACCAGCAGUAUGACACAAUAGUGGUGGGGCUGGGCGCGGCCGGGACCGCCGCCUUCAGUAAGUUGGCGCGAGCGGGGCGCCGCGUGCUGGGGCUGGAGGCGGCUGAUAGGGUGGGGGGCAGGGUCAAGACUAUACCCUUCGGCGAUGGCAUCGUGGAGUAUGGCGCUGAAUGGAUCCACGGGCGCAACAACAGCCCGUCCUACGAGUUGGCAGUAGCCAACCAGGUGCCCGUCAAGAACCAGGAGGUCACACUGCAGGUGUUCUGGAGCGACGGCGCGGAGAUGAACGCUAGCCUGACGCAUGUAGUCACGGAGCUCAUGUACAUGUGCACUAAGGACGCGCCUGAUGAUGUGCCGCCACAGCCGGCUGGGGACUAUUUUAAGGCACAGUAUUGCCUCGAGAUGAUCAAAAGCAAGAAGCCUGAGCUACUGCAAGAUCACGCCUUCAUGGAAGCGUUGUUCCGUUCCAUGGACUUAAACAUCGGCAGCCUAGAGGGCGUGUCUAGCUGGAACGAAGUGGGAACGACUUCGGAUUACGAGGACUUAGACGAAUACUUGUACACAUCGUGGCACAAAUACGGAUACAAAACUCUGUUCGAGAUUUUAUUGAACGAAUACAACAACGGGCAAGGUCUGCCAAAGACUGCAGAAAUCAAGCUGAAUAAGGAAGUGGUAAAAAUCGUGUGGCCGUCAGAAGCAGACUCCAACGUUGUCGUCAAAUGCAAAGAUGGCUCUGAAUACACAGCUAAAAAUGUCAUAGUAACUGUCUCAUUGGGAGUCAUGAAAGAAAGACACACCACUUUAUUCGAACCAGCGCUGCCAGAAGAAAAAGUCGCUGCUAUAAACAACAUAGAAAUGGGUAUUAUUGGUAAAGUAAUUCUCGCCUUCGACAAGAUGUGGUUGCCAGCGGACACCACCGUGGUACCUUUCUUCUGGAAGGCUGAAGACCUGGCCAAGGUGCCUGCUGAUGAGGAGUGGGUCACGCGCAUUGGCUCUGCGUCCCGCUCCAUGGGGGCUGACAAUGUGUGGGUGCUGUGGACCUCGGGAAAUACUACUAAACAUGUGGAAACCUUAUCAGAUGAGACAAUCAAGAAGCACGUCGUGUCUCUACUACGCAGGUUCUUUGGCAGCGCCGUCCCUGAGCCUAGUCAGUUGAUCAAAACAAACUGGUUCACGAAUCCGCUGACGCGCGGCACGUACAGUUUCGAUGGCGUCUCGUUCGCUGCACACCCCACGUCGCGCCACGUGCUGGGGGCUCCCCUGACGGACACCAGCGGCGCCCCACGCCUGCUCUUCGCCGGGGAAGCCACCAACGUCAACCACUUCAGCACAGUGCACGGAGCAGUGGAAACUGGCAUCAGGGAAGCGAAUAGACUGCUCGGUGAUGACUCUAACAGUAUUGAACCGAAACAUUAGAAGGUUUUCAUUUGUAACCUAAAUUUAUGAAUAAUAGAUUUACUUUUUGAAUAUUA